AUGAAGAAACAGAAGAUAGCUGGGACAGAUGGGAGCUUUGUGGUUCACGAUGUGCCUUCUGGAUCGUAUGUUGUGGAGGUUAUUUCUCCGGCUUACAAGUUUGAUCCUGUCCGAGUGGACAUCACUUCAAAGGGAAAAAUGAGAGCAAGAUAUGUGAAUUACAUCAAGACAUCUGAAGUGGUGCGACUUCCCUACCCUCUUCAAAUGAAGUCUUCAGGCCCCCCUUCCUACUUCAUUAAAAGGGAGUCCUGGGGCUGGACAGACUUCCUGAUGAACCCAAUGGUUAUGAUGAUGGUUCUUCCACUAUUAAUAUUUGUGCUUCUGCCGAAAGUAGUCAACACAAGUGAUCCUGACAUGAGACGGGAGAUGGAGCAGUCCAUGAACAUGUUGAACUCUAACCACGAACUGCCGGAUGUUUCCGAGUUCAUGACAAGACUCUUCUCUUCAAAAUCAUCUGGCAAAUCUAGCAGUGGCAGCAGUAAAACCGGCAAAAGUGGAGCUGGCAAAAGGAGGUAGUCAGGUGGGUCACUGCUGUCAGUCAUUCGCCCAGACAGCAGCCUGGGGGCAUCCAGCCCUGUUGGGGAACCUAGCGGAGCAACUGCUGUAAACUUGAGUCGUCCUGGAAGUUGAUCUCAUGCCACUGUUGUGGAUGUUAACUUUUUCACACAUGUGUUUUGUACUUGGUACACAAGAAAACCCAGCUUUCAUCUUUGUCUAUAUGAGGUCAAUAUUAAUGUCACUGAAUUAAUUACAGUGUCCUGAAGAAAAUGACAUAAAUAAAUUAUAUGAAAUGCUAUACAUUACAUAUAUUAAAAAUCUUAAUCCAGAGA